AUGCCUUCUCUUAGCGUGCUGAAUCACCGCGGCUCUGAAGGCCCCGCCAAGACCUACCCUCAGCGGACCUUCCCCGCGCACGUCCCCAUCAACGCUGCGUUCCCGCUGUUCUACAGGCGCUUCCCCGUGUCCUCGUUCUUCCUCCUGCCGAACCAAGCCCCGUCAUGGUCCGCACACGUAGAAGGCACCUUCCAGCCCCCGGCGGACCCCCUCGACCUGUACACCCCGCGCUUCGUGAAGGGCGUCGGGCGGACGAAGAUGGGGCUCUGUCCGGUUUGCUGCGAGGAGGGGGAGAAGAGGUGGUUCUUUAUGAAGACGAGCAUAUCACCCACCACCACCCGCCCGUUCUCCCCGCCCGUCGCGUUCCGCACGCGCGCGCGCGAGGGCGCGGCGCCCAAGGAGCGGACGCGGGUCGUCGAGGGGAGGUGCCACAAGUGCAGGCGGUGGGUCGCGCUGGAGGGGGUGAAGGAUGUGGUUUUGAAGGUUAAGGAGAUUUACUGGUGGAAGCAUGCGGCGGCGUGUCAUCGCGGAUCGGGCAUCGAGGGUGAAGGAGGGUGGUUCGUCGAGGAUGACACUUGGAGGGCUGUUGAUCAGGCCGAGGGUGUUUGA